CCUACCUUGGUACACACAGGCAGAAUAUGGAGACCAAGCAGAGCACAGAAGGGAAAUGGUCGCACGGGAAGACCAUGCCGGUGAAGAACGUCCAGGCGCUGGCCGCGGACGCGGCGGAGCUGACGGAGGAGGCCAUCAAGCGGUACAUCAGGCCGGCGAGGGCCGACGAUGUCGUCGUUGCUGCUCACGGCGAUAAUAGCAGCCAGAGCAUUCCUGUGAUCGACCUUGGUAGGCUCCUUGAUCCCCGGAGCUAUCAGCUGGAGGCGGCCAGGCUCAGGUCCGCAUGUGAGGAGUGGGGCUUCUUCCAGGUGAAAAACCAUGAAAUUCCUGACACAGUUCUUGAAAACAUGAGGAACGACCUCGAGCACUUCUUCAGGCUUCCCCUCGAUGAGAAGAACAGAUUUGGCCAGUUGCCUGGAGACCUCCAAGGCUAUGGCCAAGCAUUUGUUGAGUCCGAACAUCAAACGCUCGACUGGUGUGACAGGCUUUACCUAGUGACCCAGCCACCUCACGAUCGUGAAAUGAGACCAUGGCCUACAACUCCUGUCAGCUUCAGGGAAUCCAUUGAGUCGUACUCCUCUGAGCUGAUGAGGGUGACUGGCUCGCUCAUGGCAAUCAUCGCUAGAAACCUAGGCGUUGAUCUCCCCAGUGAUACAUACGUGAGUCAGGCAUUGAGGAUGACCUACUACCCUGCAUGCCCCGUGGCUCAUGAUAAGGUUUUGGGGAUUUCACCACAUUCCGACAUUUCUAUGCUAACGCUGGUAUGGGAGUUGAAUAUGGUGGGAGGGCUCCAGAUCAAGAGACAAGAUGCAUGGGUGCCGGUAAAACCCCACCCCAAGGCAUUGGUGGUGAAUGUUGGUGACUUUCUUGAGAUAAUGACAAACGGAAAGUACCAAAGCAUUGAGCACAGGGUCACCGUUAAUCCUCACAAGGAGAGGAUGUCCAUUUCUGCUUUUCACCUCCCAAAGUUUGAUAUGAGCGUGGGCCCAUUAUCUGAAAUAGUUGGGGCCGAGCUCAAGAAAUACAAGACCCUGAGGGUGGACGAGGUUGCUAAGGUUGUUUUCUCGAGCAAACUUGACGGCAAGAAAACCAAGGACUAUGCCAUGCUUAGAGUCUGAGUCUACAAGAGCAGAAACUUGGAGCAGAAAUUUCGACAGCCGUAUAUAGGCCUGAAACAUUUGCGCUGCUCCAUUUUGGUCAUGGUUAAUUGGCCGAUGUAUAUGAAUGUGAACUAAUAAAUGUAUCCAGAUGUGAGAUAAUAAAUCAGAAUGUGUGCUCCUCAAAA